AUGCUGGCCUCACUGUGUUACACUUGACGCAGCGGGGGAGUCCAACCCGGAGGAAACAAUCGAGUCCAAUUUAGCUUUCAAAUCAGAACCGUUUUCAGUGGAUGGGAUUAUAAACCUGAUCUUUUCUCGUCCUCGUGGGUGUUCUGGUUCAGCCCGGUUCGGUCCGAACUCUCUUACUCACCGUGAACGCGGUCCGUCGGGCCUUGUUUAUACUGUGCAGCAGGCAGAACCAGGCCCGGUCCUGUGCCAGUUUAACGGCCGUUCGGGGUCCGGAGUGUGUUCCGUUCGGAUCGGCCCUGUAGCUCACCAAGUAAGUGGGUUAAAUAAUGUGAAUUCAGUGGAAAAAUAUGACCUGUUUGUGUUUUUUUCCUCACGGUGAGAGAGUUUGUAGUUAUUGUUAGCUGUUAGCAUGAUGCUAACUGCCUGCUGGAGUGACGCUCCUCUGCUAACGGCUAAAAUUAGAUAUCGCGUAAAUAGAAACUCUAUCUAAAGGUUUUUAUUCGUAAAAGAAAAAUAAUUCACAUUCGCAGAACAUUAUUACAGUGCAUCUUUCCCCCUGUAGUGUCUCUUUUUGUCCGUUUUUGUUAUUUCUUUCUCGUAACUGCAGCGAUAGCACCAACUUAGCGCCAUUAGCUCCGUUCAGCUAGCUUCUGUAGCUUCAUUUGUCAAAGCAGCUGACUGAAGAGUUUAAGAGCUUUUAACGAGGAUUAAUCACUCUUAGUUUAACUUCUGGGAUAUAAAUCUGAUCAUCAGUGAUAACACUGGUAGAAUCUAUGAAGAAAUGGUUAAAAGUGUCUCCCUGGUGACCCAGAUCAGCGAGGAGAGCCGGCUCUGUCAGGUCUGAUCUGGGGGUCUGAGCAGGAUUUGGUUUAUAAUAAUAAAAGUUAUUUAAGUUAUUUAUUAAAACUACAAGGACCAGAAUGGAAAAACAAGACUGAUCUAUUCUUAAAAUGAGGAUAUAAAACAUGUUCAAAUCUCAGGACUUCUCAGGGAAACGUCAAUAUCAACAACAACAACAAUAAUAAUAAUAACUUUAUUUUUAUAGCACUUUUAAAAACAGAAGUUUACAAAGUGCUUUGAGAAACAGUCGUAAAGCUCAGAACAUCAGAACAUGGAGAUAAAAACAGAUAAAAAACAAAAUCUCAGUUAAAAACCUCUGAAUCGACAAUAGAAGAACCUACAACAUAAACUGAGACCAUGAGACCAAAAUAAAAACAUAGAAUAGGUAAGAAAAAGAAAUAUAAUGAAAGAUGGGAGUAGAAAGUAGGAAAUAGGAUAGUAAAUAUAAAAGGAGGAUAUUAAUAAUGAUAAUAAAAUCAUAAUCGCCUUUAUUGUCAUUUGAGCGCCGCUCCCUUUGGUGCAAAAACAAUGGUAAUAAAUAAAAGAAAAUGAAAGUUAUUUAAAAACACAAAGAUAAGAAUAAGAAAGAAAGGAAAGUAAAAGGCAGUAAUAUGUACAGAAUAUAUACGAAACAGGAAUGAUAUGAAAACCUGAUUAUUUCACAGUAAAGCCCAGUAUUAUUGCAGGGUUAAAUGAUGUAUUUAUUGCACUGUGAUCAAUGUGAUCAGUAUAUAUAUUGGUUGAGAGGGACAGGUGUAACUGGACUUGUUGUUGUUGACUGCAGUGAUCGCUCUCAACAACAACAAAAUAGUAAUGAUGGUAAUAGAAUAAAAAAAGAGCAGAAAACAAACAAUGAAAUCAAUAAAAGGCCUAAAAGGUUAAAUAGGAAAAGAUUAGAAGUAAAAAAAAGACUAAAAGGAAAGGAAGUCGAAAUAAGAAAAAAGAGAAAUAUAUAAAGUAUAUAUUAUUUUAAAAUAUUAAAUGUUCUUACUCUUCACAUAUUUUCUGCAUGUUUUUCAUCAACUAGUGUCUUUAUAACUGUGUCUUUAUAACUGCUGAAUUCAAGUUUACCUGCUUUACUUCACUGCAUCAACAUAACGCUGUUUAAUUAUCAAUCUGUCAUUUAAAAAAUGUGUAAACACUGUUAAUUGAGUAUCACUACUGUUUUUAUUGUAAGUGUACUGAUCACUGUCAGCUGAUGUAAACAUGGGCGGUUAUCUUGUUCUGCUGCUUCUGUCCUGUAAUGUAGAGAAGAUUUUUAGAGUCUGACAUGUUGCAGGUAAAAAAGAAGGAAAGCAUCAGGAUGGGAGACGCUUGAAGAAGAGUGAGAUUAGGAUGGUUAGCUGACCAGGUCAGGACCUCCAAAACUGCAGAUCUUUAGGGUGUAUCUGAUCCGGUCAGUGCCCACCUAUAGUGCUCCAAAGAAGGAAAGUCUGUCAUGGGUGUCAGGAUGCUCAGAGAAUCACAGUUUUUGUUGAGAAUGAGUUUGCAUAGAUGCAGAUCAGCUUAGAUGUCCACGUUAACCUUUUCACACCACUGGACCACAGAAACACGGAGAAGGUGUCUGCAGAUAAACAUCAGUGAUGUCUGUGUGUCCAAAUCCUGCAGAUCUGAAUCAAACUGAACAUCUGAGGGAUGUGAUGGACAAGUGACUCCAAUCUAUGGAGGUCCCACCUUAGAACUCCAAGAACUUGAAGGAUCUGCUGCAUAAAUCUUUGUUCCAGAUCUCACAGCACACCUUCAGAGGUCUGGUGGAGUCCACGUCUCAUUGUCAGAUCAGGGUCAUUUUGAGAAGGGGUCUACACACACGAGUAGGCAGGUGGACAUGAUGUUACGGCUGAUGGAUGUAGAUUUCCAUGUGUCCACUGAACACUCUUUUCCUGAAUUAUGAGCUGAAACUGAAAAAAUAAAGCCAUGCAAGGUUGAUUUCUUGUAAAGACUUUAAAUUAGACUCUGUGGCGUCUGCUUUCCCUCUACUAAAAAGGCCACUGGGGUUUAGGUUCGCUUGCAUCUGUGACUCAAUCAAAUUUCAGUCCAGUUUGAGUCUUAAAAAACUGAUUUAUUGUUCCAAAAGAAAGAAAAGAAAACACACUGAUCCUGGUCCAGAAACGAAGAGUGAUAAGCUGAAAUGAGGUUAAAACAGAAUGAGUGAAACUGUGAAAAAUAAUGAAAAACGGUCAACAGAAAAAUAUCAGAGCUUGCCAAAACCAUUGUCUGACUACACCGGUAAGAUUUAAAUAACCCGCCAAACAUCCCAAAACCACACCCCUCAGUGACGACCCCCGGAGGUGACGUACAGAGUAGAAAUCAAACCCAACAAGUUUAUUUGUGGGCCACAUUCACCCUAGAGCACCAGAUAAACUCAUUUAAAGGAAUUAAACACUAAAAAUAAGACCUGAAGUGCUUUUAAUGAUUAAAAAAAAUCUUUUCAUCGUGAAGUAAAUUUACUUUUCAGGUUUACUGAAUAAAGACUUAACUCUGAUUUUAAGGAACUCAACCAAAUGGUCAUUUUUUUAACUCAUUACAGGCACUCAAGCUCUUCUUUUUCUGACUGUGGUAGUUUUGCAGUGACAUUAGUUCAACCACAUCCUCACAGUGUCAUUAAAGCAGUGCUCUACUCCUCUAGUUUCUCUUGUUUUUGCACGUCUCUAAACUGGAUUUGAUUUGAUUGUUUUUUUCAGGGUCUUACUAACUGAGUUACCGGAGUGAGACCCCCCCAGUGAGCUGACUCAGUCUAAACUCCGAUAAUGAAAUGAAAACACGUCCUCACUGAUAUUUCCUCUCCCUCCUCUCAGAGAAUAUGACCCAGAUGCAACAAUGACAUCCAGAUUCGGUAAAACCUACAGCCGCAAGGGAGGAGAGGGCACGUCCAAGUUUGACGAGGUUCUGUCCACCAAGAGGGGCACGCUCAGCACCAAAUGGGGGGCCACGACCUACAAAGCCAAGGUCAGCUCCAAGCGUGUCGGCGCCCCCAAGAACGACUCUGUAUCGGGACUUAACAAGAGGCCCCGUCCGUCCGGAGACGGCUUCGAGGAUCCGUUUGGAUUCGACAGCGAUGAGGAAUCCAAGCCGGUGUCAUCCCGCACCAACAACAAGGCGUCACCCGCCAAACCGGCCUCAGCCGAGCCGCCGCAGGCAGAGCGGCCGGGAGUUUCUCUGGAAAUGGGGAGCAGGUCCGUCAUACAGGGAGGAUCCCACAGCUUAGCAUCUAACAGAGGGACAUCAUGGUUCCCCAACGACAGGAGCCAGCCCAGGGUGAUGGAGGACACGGCUCGGUUCUUCAACAGCAGCAGCAGCAGCAGCAGCGCCGCCGCCACAGGUAACACACUCAGACUUCAGAGAGACGAAUCAAACUAGAAAGAACAAGAAAAAGAAGAACUUUAUUUAUCACAGAAGGGAAAUUCAAAAGUUCUCCAAAAGAGAUCCAAAUGUUGAUCAUGAUAACAGGUUUAUAUAUUUAAAGACUGGAGUUGUAACGGUAUCGAUGACGUCUUAAAAAAUAAAAGAAAUCUGCUUCAAAAUGUAAAUAAAAACAAAACAUGAACUGUGACAGUGCAGCAUCGGGUGUUGAAUAAGGGACCGUCAAUAAAUUACCGGUUGAUGUUCUCAGAAAAGGCUGUUUUCCUUCAACAGCUUCCAUGUCAUGUGACCAAAAGACCUCAAAUUGAUUUCUAAUAACAGUACUAAGGUCAAGAUCAAUAAGACAAACAUUAUUUGAUCUGUUUUCAUAGUUCCCCUAAAGUUCUUUGUGCUCCUUGUGAAUAAAGUUAGUGUCAAACCCUGAAACUGAACAGACACUAACUUCUUCUGGUUUCCAUCAGCUGUAAGAACGUGUCUUUGCUCACUCUGAUAAGUUCUUCUAAAGUCUUGAUUUCUGUCAAGAGGAGAUGGAAACAAAGCUCCUCUCUGGACAGAUACCAUUGCUGACUCUGAAACAGAGAAACAUCCGUGUUAAUCUUGUGGGUUAAAUCAGACGGCUCACAGAUGCCCUCUGAUUCCUGGAUCUUCAGACGACUCACUCAGUGACCUCCUUAAAUGAAGAUCCACUUGGUUUCCAGAAGAUUAUUCAUAAAGGCUUUAAACACAAAUCUGGAUGUCUAUGAGUCACCGUUAAGAGUCACAGAUAUGUGGUUGUAGUUUUGGUCAGCUUCACAGCUCAGUAUUUUUGACAACAAUAGUUUGGAGUUUGUUCGUUUGGUUCUUUCAGUCGGCGUGAGCGUUGACUCGUCUUCAGCUCUCUGCGACGGCUGCUGGCCACCUGCCAGAGACGUGAACCUCUCCAGCUGACUCUGAACAACGAGCUGCGGCUCUGAGAGCACCUGGGCUCAGAGUAACGUUACAACAUGAAGCCACAGACGGAGGGAAAACGGAGCGACUUAGAGUUUAACCGAAGGACUGUCACCAACAGCUGUGCUCGAGUCUGAAGGUGUUGACUCAGUAAAUAUAACAGAAACACCGACUGAAGCACUUUUCUGACGAACUCUGCUGCUGAUGGUAUUUAGAGGUGUCCGAGGAGUUUCCCGAUCAUUCCUUUUAUAAAGUAUCUGUUCUUUUAAGGUGUGAAAUGAAACAGAAAUAUUUCUACACGCCUGUGUUUGAGUGUUAGAUUUUUAUAAUAAGCCCGGGCUUCAGCUUCAGUCUGCAGUCAGUUUAUUUUGCCAGCGUUUUGAAAAUCAUGCAGCUCUCACAAUCUGCAAACAGAGCAGCUUAGAAAAAUCUGCAUGAUCGGGAUUUUGGCAGUCUGGUCUUUCUUUUAAGAGAUCUUUUCACUGAACAGCAGCUCCAGUUUCUGUCAGCUCCACUCAGUUUUUAAACACAAAUCCAAUCAUCUGAAUCAGAGCUGUGGGGGAAAUCUUCAGCUGACAAACACUCCCCAUCCCCAAGAUUCAGUUUGAUGUGUCUUCACAGAAGCUUCAUCAGUCCAAACUCCAGCCUGUGACCCCGUCUGAAAGACUUCCUCCUGGUGUUCAGGGUUUAGGACUGAUCAAACUUUUUCUGAUCCGUCAUUCUUCUUCUUUUCUGUGUGACUCAGGUAAAAUCGUUCGAGUGGAGUCAAAACCUCAAAAAUAAAUGUAUAAAUAGAGGAAAAGCCUCAAAACCAACCGAGACACGGGACUGAGGUCUGAGCUGAUUGAUCCUCUUAAUCCUCGGAUCGUCCAGAAGCUGUGAAAACUCAUUCAGACUCUGGGUUGGGUUGUUUAAAUGUGAACCAAACUUCAUAUAAGUGCAUAGAUACUUCUUUUGACCCCCAAACAGUCAUGUGUGAAAAAUAAUUCACCUCUGACUGUUAACAUAAAGAGAGAGCUGAAAGGUUUUUGUUCUUCAGAUAAAUUACGUCUAAUUAGAGAAGUGAAGACAGGGUCGACUUUCUUCCAUCGAGCAGAUAAAUAUAAACUUCGAUGUUACGCCAUGAAGCUGUUUCCUGUAUUUGCUCACAGGAACACGGUCAGUAUUGUCACCCUGUUUGUUAUCUGUGUGGCAGACUGAUCCAAAACCCUGUUUGGUUUUCUUUAAGAAAUAAACCUUCAGAUGUGUGUCUCACACAGGAACUUUAGGGGAACAAUGAAAAUUGAUCCGAUAAUGUUUGUCUUAUUGGUCAACAUUAGUACUAUUAUUAGAAAUCAGUUUUAGGUCAGUUGGUCACAUGACAGUGAAGCUAUUGAAGGAAAACAGCCUUUUCUGAGAACAUCAACUGGUAAUUUAUUGACGGUCCCUUAUUCAACACCGACGUUGACAGUGAGGGUUAGUGAAACGGUCGCACUGUGAAGCUCUGCGUUAUUAAAGAAACAUGUGAGGGAUGAGAACAGCUGAGUUUGAGGUUCAUGAAGGUCACGUGGAGGCGGUCCUGAAGGUCCACCUCAGACUCAGACUCGUUCAUGUUAAGUCCGGCUCAUUUGAUCCGUUUAAACCUCGUUGAGUCUGACUUGGACACUCUGCCAGAGUCGACCUGUAAAGCUCAUCUCAUGCUUUAUUUCAUGGACUGCUCUCUGAUGUCAGAACUGGACUCUGUUAGAUCUUAGAUCAGCACCGACCCGCUUCUUCACCCUCUGAGCUGAUGGUAGAAGUUAAAGUAGGAGGUGUGGUGAGUGGGCCGCUCUUGUUGUUGUUGUUGGCGUCUCCAAAUAGGAAAACUACCCACAGCUGCAGGAUGGAGUGGACCGUCCACACUGAACAUGAACAAAUGUUGGCCCAGUUAAUGAAGGGAGCGGUUGCCAUGGUUACUUCUGCUUCUUUUUAACCAACUCCGUGCGUAUUGCCCCCUACUGUACGAGGCUGCAAGUGCAGACCAAAAAACCACUAAAAGAACAGUGAGUGUUUCUGAGGGUUUAAUCAACAUGUGAUUUAUGUGACGAUGAGGAGGAGGCUUCCUGAUUGGUCCAAAACUAUGAGUCUGAUCUCAGCUCAGAUCUCGGCUUAAUCAGUGGUUCUCAACUGGUGGGUCCUGACCCAAAAGUGGGUCAUGGACACAGUCUGGAAGGGUCGCAAACAGCUGUUCAAAAAAGUGAAUAUUUAAUGAGCAUCUGAUGUUUGACAUGUCUUUUAUUUUGAAAAAUAUCUUAUUUUGAAAGGCACGCGUUAUGACAUGGUCCUCCUCUGUUUCUUAUUAUUGUGACCUGAAUGCAGAGAUGUAGAUAAGUCACAUUUUUCAUUUUCUCGUCUCCAUUUUGUCUAAUUUAAUAUUUGAUACUUUGAUAAACUAAAUUUUCUUGGUUUGAAUUUUAUAAAAGUGGGUCAGGACUUAAGGACCAUGGGUAACUGUGGGUCCCAGAGUGAGACCUGAGUCCUCUAUCCCCGUCUCUGUGUGAUCUGACUGGUUCUGUUCUCGUCUUCUCCUCAGGGAAGUCCCAGCAGAGUUCUUCGGCGUCUCAGAACCAGCACAGCUACUCCUGGUACCAAAACGCCUCAGAGAGCGAUAGGAAGCCCCUGGCACAGACCAUCACCCUGAAGACCGGCUCAGAGGCAGAGUCCACCUAUGACUCCUGGGACGCCAUCAUGGGUCUCCGUCCACCAUCGCCCAACCAGGAACCUCGUAACCCCGCCCCCACGCUCUCCUGGACUUCGGUGGGCAUCACUAUGGGCAGCUAUAAAACAGGGCAGACCCAACACGAAAAGCCCCCCUCUCCGCCGCGGCUCCAGAGCCUCAGCGAGAGCGAGGACCUCGGGGGAGACUCAGACUUCCUUGUUGAGACAACAGAUUACUCGCAGACGUCCUCGUCCUCCUCACACAUCAGAAACUCGAACUGUCGGACUUACAGGAGACCCAACAAACAAGGUUCUGGGAAAGCCUCGGACUCCACGGGCUUCUCCAGCUCCGUGUUUGGGUCGGAUCUUUCCAAACCUAAAACGACAGGCGUGGAAGGAGGGCGAGGAAGAGGGAGGACGAGGGACUACACAGUGCUGCACCCCUCCUCGGUGUCAAAGUGCAACGUCACCAUCCAGGACCGAGGAGUGGAGGAGUUCAGCACAGACGCACCGCCUGCUAGUGGGAGCGGUGGAGCCGGGUCUGGAGGUCCGGCUGAGGUGGGAGAGGCGGGAUGGCAGCGGAAGAAGACGGAACAACAAAAUACAAGGUGGGAAGAAGGAGGAACAGAGACGCCUGUUUCUGUUUUUGUUCAGUUUAACAACCUUUGUUUUUUACUGACAGCAUUUUUACGGUCUGCCGCCUCCUUUAGUUGGUUAGUUUGGUAUUUGACGGAUGGUUUCUGAGGUAACAGGUGGACAAAGUCACAGGAAUAGAAACUGAGCUAACAGGUUUGUGCUGUUAGUUCAGAUCCGACUCUUCUGUCUCCUCUGGACUCUCCUGGUUUUUGAGAGAAGGUGAAAAUCUUCUUCUCUCUCCUCUUUACUCUGUCAGAGCGUUUUCAUAACGAUGUUUUCAUAACGAUGUUUUCAUAACGAUCGGAGCCUCAGCAGGAACUCUUGAGUGGACGUGUGAAGAAAACAUGAAGUCAGUUCAGUCUGUGUGUCUGCAGGAAUCUACCCCAGCUCUUCCACUCAUGAGUCAUUUUCACUCAAUUAUCAAAUACCGUCCGACACGUGAGCUGCAGUCUUUACACCAGUGUGUCGGGUUCACCAGUGAAACAUGCUGAAAUGUGUAUUUUUAUAGUAUUCUAACCUGAUGCUGCCCACACAGAAGAUGACUGUGUCCAAACUCAGAGAGUUCUGGAUCAGGGAUGUUCAGUUCAUCAGAUUUCAGUUUUGAUGACGUUUACGGCUUUUUAUGAUCGUAUAAAUAUGAUAACUAAGACUGAACACAUUACUGUGCUGCUGUUCAUGUUAGGAUAAAUAUGUAUAUGUAUUUAUGAGGACAUUCAUUUGGAUAUUUAUCAGUAUUUAGUUCAACAGACAGAUUUUGGUACGACUUAAAAAAGAGUAAAUCUGUUUUUAGUUUGAAGUUUUAUAAAGUUUUGGAAGAUGUCGAUGUCAAAUAAUGAGACAUCCUUCUUGAUAAUAAGCAUGAAUUAAAAUACUGUGUUUUCAGGCGGAUUAUACAGCGCACUGUGAACUAACGUGUUUAUGUUCACACAUAAGGCACAUUAAUCAUUGGCGCGUUGAUUGGGUUAUUGUUGCUAGCGCGUACUCCGGCCCCGGGCUGCCUCACAUGAACGCACUUCAGGGGUCCGGUUACGGGCCGGUCAGGUAGUGACACGGCGUACCGUAAUGUUCUGAAUAUCCAUUGAACGGAGCGGCUUCGUUUCUUGUCAAAGUCGUACUGACCUGUGAAUCCCACUGGAUCAUGAACAGCUCUGCCAUCAGAGGAGAAGCGCUGAUUACCGAUAUUUCUCAUAAGACUGGACGAUUUCUCAUGAGAUCUCGCGUGUUUCCCUGAGAGUCGUAGAAUGAGAUCUGCUAAUCAGUGUAAAUAAACACCCACAUCCCACAACCCUGGCCUCUCCUGUUAUCAAGUUAAGAACAGUUUAAUGUGUUGACUUUAUUUUAUUUUGAAAUUAAGCGGAUAUUUUACUCUGUAGCCGCGUACAACUUCCUCUGCUGCUCUUGCUGCGCUGAAGGAGCAGGACGGUGGAUGGAUUGGAUGGAAUCACUCACAUUGGUUAUAAUUCUUGUGUAUUUGAUCUUCCUGCUGUGACGGAGCCGAGCUGUUCCGGAUCCUGUGGGUUUUGUCCGUUACACAUUUGGACAGAUUUUUGAGCGCAUUGUACCACAUAAAAUCAGUCAGUAAGUAAUCAUACAGAAGGCGGGCUGGAUUACAAGGUGCACUGUAAAUUUUUGAGAAAAUUUAAGGAUUUGAAGUGUACCUUGUAGUCCGAAAAAUACGGUAAUAGUGAUGAUGAUUUUUGCCAUGAUUGAGCUGACCCAUGAUACUUGGAUACUUGGGAGCAGUUUUCAAAGGUUUUCUUCCUCAUUAGGUCAAAACAAAACUUUAAUUUAGACAACACUGGAAUCUUAUUCAGUAAAUAAACCUUUGGAGAGCUGAUAUGAUUAACCUCGUCUCCUGAAACCUGAAUGUUCUGAUAGAGAAACAUGCAGGAAUUGAACCUGUUGACCUCCUUUAGUCUGCUCUUGAACCACGUGAUGUAAACCGUGUUCUUCUCGUCCUCUCUCAGGUUCAGGCAGACCCAGACCAGGUCUAAGAAGGACAGUAAGCUGGAGCUGUUCGGGUUCGAUGACGCAGAAGUCCCUCAGGAGGAGAACAACGCUGACAACGCAGACGGCGGAUCGAGUUACAAGAUAAAAUACUUUGGCUUUGACGAUAUGAGCGACAGUGAGGAGGAUGACGAUAAGAGCUUCUCCAAAGAGAGGAGGAGGAGGGCCAAGAUGGCGGGCAUGGCCAACGUAACUCCAGCCAUAACCAUAGAAGAAGAAGAAGAAGAAGAAGAAAUGGCAGACGACAGCGAACCUCCGGAUCCUUUCGAAAUGUUGGAGAGUCAAGAAAGACCGACAGUGAAGGAGAAGACGAAGAACUCUGAGCGGCAGGAAAACAGGAUACGAGCAGGUAGAAAACACACACCAACACACACAUCCUCUGACUCCAAGUACCAAUUAAAGGGUUUUCUGUGUGUGUGUGUGUGUGUGUGUGUGUAACCAGGCUGCAUCUGUGAUUGUAGAGCAGAGUAAAGGUCAUUCAGCUUGUGUAAUGUUGAUGUGUAAACACACACAGAGGAGCGCGCCUACACUAUCACUGAGGACUUUGUUUUCAUCCUCAUACCAGCAUACUACAGCAUGAACCCAUCCUCCCACACACACACACACACACACACACACACACAUAGCAUGCAUGGUCUCCUAACAACUCUAACCAACCGUGUCUCCUUGGUCGUCUAAUCUGCGAUUAUCCUCAGCAGCCAAUCACAGUGUGAAAUGUCAGAGCGCGGUUUUCUCUGGUGUGAACGAGGUCAUAAAAACCAACAAACGUCAUCAGGACAGAAUCAUGUUUUCACGAAUCUACACGUCUUUUUAAUGUUUUAAUUCCAGUGCUGUGUUUGUGUUCAGUAUCUAACCCAGGGGCCAUCUCAUUUUGGAGUUCACCGUCUUUAUUAUACGAGUGUGAUGGACAGAUAUAACCUGGAGUAAGAGAGAAUAAAUCUGACGUCAGUUUAAGAGGGAAAACAACCAUCACACACAAAUACUAAUUUUUUACCAUCAGUCCCAGUCUAGUAAAGACCUCCAUCCUGGAUUAACCCUUCGAACUCCCAGCUAUAUUGCUUCUUUUGGUCCGCCUGUUUUCUUUUGUAAAAUUCUAUGUAACACCAUGAUCCUGAACAACCUCAGCUUCAGUUUAUGGAGCAAAAAUGAUGUAAAAUAAAUGUGACAGUAGAUUCAGAACUUUCAAAGGCAACCAAGAAACAAAAACGGAAAUUGAUCCCAACAGAACUUUGCUCAAAAACCACAUAAAUCUACAGUGACCAAGCCUUUUCUCACCUGAACAUCAUUCUUUCAAGUCUUGUCUAUCAGGAGAAGAAAUAUUAGGAUUGGAACAAACACACAACAGAAACUGUUGACAUAUUUACACUCAUUCUUCCAGGCGUUUUUGACUAUUUUCAGUUGUUUCUGCCACUCCUGGGAUGAGACAGAGGACCACAUCAGACUGCUCACAAUCUCUUCUCUGCUUGUUUCCAAACAUUGAGGAUCAUUAUUUCUGAUUUUACAGACAAACAGGGAACUUUCUUGUCUCUUAUUGGACACUACCGUCAAGGGAACAAUAGAAGAAGAGAGUUAAAGAGCUUAGUCCUGAUCUUUGCAGGAGAAGAUGAGGGUUAAAGAGCGUGGACCUGAUCAAACAGACAUUAAAAUAAACCUGCAUUUAUUAGACCGAGGGAGGAAGUGCAGUUUAUGAAUCUUUAGGAUCCGGUUCACUAAGAGUAUGAGAAGAAUAUGAGACCGUGUGAUUGGUCGAAAGUUUGACAGAAAAAGACGUCAUCAAAACAGCUUGUCAAACCCGCAAGACAUUAACAGCAUUUAGCGAUUAUUGAUCAAUAAUCCUGUUUUCACCGUAUAUCACUGCAGAUUUACCAUCAAACGUCUCUGAUCAAACACCUGUUUUUGUGGCUGGAUUGUAAACCUUCCUGAGAAACUGUAAACUAUAUUAAUGUGUGUGUGUGUGUGUGUGUGUGUGUGUGUGUGUGUUGUGUGUGUGUGUGUGUGUGUGUGUGUGUGUGUGUGUGUGUGUGUGGACUUCUCAGAGGAAGGUCUCAGAGUCAUGGCGGGGGCUCCCAGGAGACCGCCUCAGGGCAAACCGGCGGAGAAGAACCCGGACUCCUUCAGGCGAAUCUUCAGCGCACACAAGAAGGUCAGAUACCACCACCACCAUUGUUUAUUAUCAGCGGUCUGAAAGUGUCCCUGGAGAUCUUCAAGAGUUAGAUUCCCAUCCGUUAAAACCAUCCUCUUAAUGUAACUCACUAUAAAAGAAGAUCUCUGCAGAGACAGGAAGUCUGCUUUAACCCGGUCUGACUCUGCAUUAACUGUGUGUGUGUGUGUGUGUGUGUGUGUGUGUGUGUGUGUGUGUGUGUGUGUGUGUGUGUGUGUGUGUGUGUGUGUGUGUGUGUGUGUGUGUGUGUGUGUGUGUGUGUGUGUGUGUGAGGAUAUUAUUGGUGGCUGAAUGCAGAGAUGGAGUUUUCUGGCUCUGCUCUCAGAUGAGGAUGAACAUAGGGGCGGGCGAUAUGGCAAAUAAUCUUUACUACCAUGUUUUUUUAUGGCAGGAUCUGAAUCUGGAUCUGAACUCCAUCAGUUCCCAACCUGUCCUCCAUCUUUGUCUCCAAGACCAAACCAACUGUCCUGUAAAAUUAAGGUCUUAAAAAAUGACUUAAAAAAAAUGACCUUAACCUAAAGCCGAAAACAUUUUCUCCGUAGAGCAGCGUUGGGUAUCUCAUCCAGGAUCAACGUAUUUCUAGUGUAGCAGCGUAGUGCAGCUCCUGACUUCCUGUCUGGAACGAUCUUCUCUAUGUGGAUUGACACGCAUCAGCAAAAAUCGACUCUCCGCGUAUCUUUAGCAGAGCUGCCCUCGAUACGAUGCUGCGAUGGAAACGCGUCCUGUACGAUUUGCUGCAUUGAUUAGAACGGAAACUGAUUCACUGCGAGAUACGAGAUGCUGCCGAUACGUGCCCAAUACGGCACCUGUAUCUUUUAGCCUUGAGUCUCCACCUAAAGAAAGAGCUCCGACAUUUUCUGAUGAGUCAUUUGUUAGUUUUACAGGUUUGGACCUGAUCAUGACUCAGCUCAUUAAUUCACAGUGUUAUAAAAUGAAAAGCUGCGUCUCUCACUCUUCACAGGAGUCGUGUUGUCACUCGCCUUCACAGCAGCAGCAGCAGAUCUAACUUUAAAGAGUGUUUUUUUAUUUUAUUAUGCGUGACGGGAAACUUUUAAAGAGCUGAAUGUCGAGUUAAUUUCCUGGGCAUCUGGCAGCAGCAGCAGCAGAGCAGCUGUAACAGUAUUAGCAGAGACAUCACCCAUAGGAGCGUAAUAAUAAUAAUGAUAAUCAGCUCCUGAAUGUUCUCUCUCUCUCUCUCUCUCUCUCUCGCUCUCGCUCUCUCUCUCUCAUACUCUUUGUUCUUGUUCUCCAGUUUCAGAACUUUCCUCUCUCUCAGUUCAAUAAUGUCCUCUCCUCCUCCUCCUCCUCCUCCUCCUCCUCUUCCUCUCCGUCUCCAUCCCUUCCUCUCGUCUUUACAUUAUACCUCUUACCUCUCUCUCUCUCUCUCUCUCUCUCUGCGUCUUCAGUUAACAUAAUGUAAAAGGCAGAGUGGAGUUGGACUCAUUAUAAAAACAAUAGCCUCUGGACUCUAUAGAGAAGUUGUCAAAACUCGGCUUCAAUUACAGUCAACUUUGCACCGCCGCAGCCUGAGUGCUGUUUGGUUAUUCAGCCCAGGACGCUGCUGGGCGCGAUAUUAGACGUUAGCAUAAUGAUGGCGCCCGGACGGACCCAUCCAUAUUUAGAAGAUAGUGUCUGGUAUAUAUUCAGAGGAAGGUUUUAUGGGAAAGCAGCGUUAUUACUUCUUUAACAGCGACUCUCUCUCCAGAGCUUCAUGUGGCUCUUUUCUCUGAUGUGCUUUUAUAUCGCCGCAGCGAUAAAGGGAUAAAAACAGAACUGAACGGUCAUUAUUAUUAAAGCACCUUAUAUGUUUGUGGUCACACCAUCAGCUGGAUAUGAUCUUAGUUUUUAGUUUGGAUAAUCAGACUUCUCAAAUGUUGUCUGAGCUGAAAAAGUCAGACAUAAAAACACAAACUUUGAGAGUAAAGAAUAAAUGAUAAAGUCGAGUAUGUGUCUCUUCUUCAGCCGAGUUUAGACGGAUGAUUUUCCUGUCAUUCGUCUUAUUUGUGGUGUCCUCCUUAAAUGUAAAUAUAUUCAUUACAGACUGAGGCUGGACGUCACUCACAGGGAGAGAUGUAGAGAAGACUGACCUCACUUCUCUUCAUUUUAACCUCCUGUGUUUGCUGUAAACACUCGCUCCUCCAUGCAGGGACAGUCCACCCUCACCCACCUUCCUCCUCCGCUCUCAUCUCCCUCACCCUGUGAAGCUGCCGGUGGGCUGGGCGGGUGGGUUUAGGUGUCCGUCUGUGUCAUUCAGAUGACAGUGUGCGGCUUUAAUUCGGCGUGUUGAUGUUCCAGCGCAGCAGAGCUCACUCCCAAACUCCUCUUUUGUCUCUGCUUAUUAACCCUGUGGAGCAGAAUCCCCCCUCACCUCCCUCAGCGCUCCACUCCUCGGCCAACUCUCUCUCUCCUCACCCGUUCUCCCCCUCUGUUCGACCCAUCACUCCUUUGUUUUUCAUUAUUAACACCCCGGCAACCGCCAACCACAGGUUUGGCAAAAAUAUAUAAAAAGGAGAGGAGCUGAGCCAAGGAUGAAAGGAUGAGGGUCCAUGAUGGUGGUGUUCGGGGCUGUAUGUGUGUGUGUCUAAGAGUGUGUGUGUGUGUGUGUGUCCUGCUGUUUGAUCAGUGCUGGCUCUCUCUCAACAGUUUCAUCCAUUUGUCCUUUUUUAACUCCUUUAAACUAAAACGCCUGUUCAGUCCUAAACCAGAGCUAAACGGACUCUAACACCCGCAGGUCUGCCUCCUUCGCUCUGAGCACUUCUCCUCUGUUCUCAUGUUUUCUCCGUUCUUUUAUUCCUGGUAUUAUCACAGAGAAGGAUGUUUUUACAGUAAAUCAACACUGGAGGACAAUAAGAAUAAGAACAACAGUGACACUGCAGUGAGACUCAGCAACUCGUGUUUGUUUUUCUAAGUAAUCAGACAAACGGUGACGAAAGUGAACUUUGGUGUUUACAGUACUGAAGAAAUCUGUGAAAACUAUGAAAAGACUGAGAUAGAUAGAUAGAUAGAUAAAGAUGGAUAGAUAGAUAGAUAGAUAGAUAGAUAAAGAUGGAGAUAUAUCUAUCUAUCUAUAUAUAUAUAUAUAUAUAUAUAUAUAGAUAGAUAGAUAGAAGAUAAAGAUGUAUAUAUAUAUAUAUAUAUAUAUAUAUAUAUAUAGAUAGAUAGAUGGAUAUAGAGUUGGAUCGAUAUAGAGUUAGCUAGAUGGAUAGACAGAUAUAUAUAUAUAGAGAUAGUUUGGUAGAUGUAGAUAAAGAUAUAGAUAGAUGUAGAUAAAUAUAUAUAUAUAUAUAUAUAUAUAUAUAUAUAUAUAUAUAUAUAGAUAGAUAGAUGUAGAUAUAAUAGAUAGAUAGAUAUAAUAGAUAGAUAGAUAUAAUAGAUAGAUAGAUAGAUCGAUAGAUAAAUAGAUACUGGGAUGAAUAAAGUACCUGUACCUCGACUGAUAAUAAAAUAAAUACAGAUAUCUUUGAGAUAAUUGUCCUGGUGCUGAUAUCUUUUCACAUCAUUUAAAGUAUUUUGGAGAUGUUUACAUGUUCACACACAUCCAUCAUGUCCUUCUCCUCCUCUGUUUCCUCCAGUCUCCCACCAAAGCCGUGUACAACGCCAGACACUGGACGGUGGACAGCGAAGAGGAGCCCCCUCCUCCUUUCUUCUCACGAUCACAGACCGCACCUGUAAGCAAGAACUCCCAAACAUUCGUACAGCACUCUCCUCUGAGGUUUCAGACACUCAUGAUCAAUCAAACUGAUCCCUGGAUCUGUCAAAGUCAUAUGUUUUCACUCUGUUUUUUCCCAUCAGGCACCUGUCGCAGCCGGAGCGUCCACGAAGGAGACCCCUGAGGCUCAGAAGGACGACAACGUUUUCAAAGCUCCUCCCCCUCCUCCUAAAGUCACCAAGUGUGUGACCCUCCCCACAGAUCUCUACCAGGACACCGUCACUGCGCUCAAGUGCCGCAAAGAGCACAAGGAGGUACAGAUGACUCCUCCACUCCUCCUUCAGACGCUGAUGUAGUUGAGGUAUCUUCUCCUCCUCAUCAUCUCUCUCCUCUGUUCGUUCCAGCUCUACACGGUGGUCCAGCAUGUGAAGCACUUCAACGACGUGGUGGAGUUUGGGGAGAACCAGGAGUUCACGGACGACUUUGAGUAUCUAGCGACUGGUCUGAAGACUGGCCAGCCUCUCAACACACGCUGCCUUAGGUAAGGACCGCUGACACGCCCCCUGCUGGGAGCGAAGAGCUCCUUCUCCAUGCUCGAUUCUUCACUGACUCUGUGUCUGUCCGCUCUGUCUUCAGUGUGAUCAGCUUGGCCACCCGCUGUGCCAUGCCCAGUUUCAGGAUGCACCUCAGAGCCAGAGGGAAGGUGGCUCAGGUUUUUAAGACCCUCAAUGACGCCCCUCAACACCCGGUAAGAACCUUCAGGGUCAAAUCCAGACCUGAAGAAGAUCUCCUGUAAGCAAAUUUCUAAACUCUUGUUCUUCAUCUCUGCAGAACCUGGCCAUGUGCACGGCGUCUCUCAUGUACAUCCUCAGCAGAGACCGGUUGAACAUGGAUCUGGACCGGUCGUGUCUGGAUCUCAUGAUCCGGCUGCUGGAGCUGGACCAGGACCAGGGGGGCGCGGCGGUGACGGACACGGACUCCACCAAUCAGUUCAGCGCGAGGGAGAUCGCCAAGAUGAAGGAGAGGAUCAGGAAGCUGUGCGACACGGUGCACAACAAACACCUGGACCUCCAGAACAUCACGGUACGAAGAAAACCACGAGUGUAAACCUCUAAUCUCCACCUUCAUCCGGAACCGCUUAAAGAAGGUCGUAUCCUCCGAUCGUAGCUGAUCGUAACCAUUCAGGUUAACGUGUCGAUUUACACCGACUUCUUUCCGUUCCUCUGCAAAAGAAAAAUCUAAAUCUAAAUGUCUUUGGGAAAGGACAACUGGACUUAGGCGAAACGUCCCAGGUAAGUCCAGUUGUCCUUUCAACGAAGAACUGGAAAUCAUAGAAGCUGCAUCCUCAGUUUUAAACAACAUCUCAACCUUAAUGUCCACCUCAUCCUGAACGAUUAUCGAGCGAUUGAACGUGAAUCUGCGGGUUCUUGUGAGUUCUCGCAAUUCCUGCUCUCCGUAAUCCACCAUGAAUUUCGUCUCACAAACAGAUCCGGUAGGGAUUAGCGGAUGGCGUUCCGGAUGCGUUGGAAGUUCUGGGUUAGACUGUGUAAAUAUUCGUGACUCUGGUCGUUUCUUCUCCGUGUUCGGUGUGUUUGAGGGUGAAGAAACCUUGAAACCGUGUUUAGAUCGUUCCUCCUCUCCUCUCUGAGUAAUGAUCUCCUUUCAGCGGCUCUGCUCUCAGGAUGACUCACACACACACACACACACUCUCACACACCCACAUGUGUUAGAGAUUGUUGCCGCUCUGCAGGAGCUGAAGAUCUGAAGUGAUGUGAAAUAUCUGCUCUAAAUAAUCGUCUUUAGUUUCCACACUGGUACAGCAGAGUUAUUCAUGAGCUGAGAGGACCACUGAUGAAUGUCUUCACCUCCUCUCUCCACACAGACGGGUCAUCUCGCCAUGGAGACGUUACUGUCACUGACCUCGAAGCGAGCAGGAGACUGGUUCAAAGAGGAGCUGCGGCUACUGGGAGGACUGGACCACAUCGUAGAUAAAGGUUCGAGAGGUUCUGAUGAGUCCAGUUUAAAAUAAACGAUGAUAUGGAGGUCGUCAGUUUCUGAGUUGACUCUUCUGUUCUCUUCACAGUGAAGGAGUGUGUGGACAACCUCAACCAGGAGGAGGAUAAGGAGAAGCUGGGGUCUGCUCUGUGGGGGGCCGAGAGGUGUCUACGGGUGUUAGAGAGCGUAAGUGAAGAGAGUGAAGAGAGUAGAUGUUUAUGAGGUUUGUGUUGAUAUGAGUGUGACGCUCAUGUAUAACUGUGACCCAGAAACUAAAUCUGAAGGUCAGAGGUCACAGGUUUAGAUAUAAAUGAUUGGUGGACUGACGCUGAGAUCAAACCGAGCGAAUCUUUAGCAACUCGACUGAAACAUUAACCUUCAGAGGAGUGAAACAGGAGUGGAACAGGAGAGCUCAGCCUCCUUAUCGCCUCCUUGUGUCAGCUGUAGGAGAUCACAGGAGAUCCUGAUGAACCUGAAAACCUCUGAACCUGAUUUAAACCUCUGUCCAGAACAAGAACUCCACUAUAAAUGAGAGUCUCUCAGUCUGAAUGUUACCUGACUGAUUAUCAGCUUUAAUGUUUGUUUUCUAACAACACGUGAGUGAGUUCAGUCAGAAGUGCGAAGGUCUACGUUCUUCGACUCUGUGGUUAUUUUUAGAACUUUAUUUACAUUCUUAAACUCACAGGCUGCAGAUUUCCUGAUUCUGAAGCGCCAAAAUAAACGAAACGAUAACAGGAACAAAGAACGACAGAGAGGAGAGUUAAAGAUGUUCAUCUGGAAUAAAAGAAACGAUAACAGGAACAACCAACAACAAAAUAAAAAGACGACAAAGUCACUACAAACACAGAGAGGAGAGUUAAAGAUGUUCAUCAGGAAUAAAAGAAGUUUUCAGCAGCUUCAAUGUUCACAAACUUACAUUUAUGAACUGUUUUAAUAAUGAUAAUGCUAAGGUGGAUUUUUGUCUCCUAUGAAGUCUUUGUUGUUGUUGUUGUUGUUGUUGUUGUUGUUGUUGUUGUUGUUAACCUCUCUGGAUAUCAGAAGAUCAAAGACGUCCUUGUUUGUUUGUUUUUGCUCCUGCAGGUGACGGUCCACAACCCGGAGAACCAGAGCUACCUGAUCGCUUAUAAAGACUCCUCGCUGAUCAUCUCCUCUGCAAAGUGAGCACACACAACAAUCACACACAACAAUCACACACACACACACACACACACACACACACACACACACACACACACACACACACACACACACACACAGAGAUCUAAAACCUGUGACCACAGAAACAGUCACACUAGAUUCUCCUCUUGUUUAUUUUAUUUUUAUCUCCGUUUUCUUCUUUAAGUCUUUUUAUUAAUGAGUCGAUUUUUAAACUUAAUGAUGAAGAACGGAGACGGAAACUCAGACUGUGAAGAUGUUGGUGUGUGUCUGUGUGUCUGUAUGUGUGUGUGUGUGCGUCAUCUCCUGAUGAGGGUUUUGUUGUUUAAUUUCCUGGUCAUGACAUCCUGUCAGUCACAUCACCACUCCUCGCCCUCUGACCUUUGACCCUGUCAGAGUGGAAGUGACCUGACCUCUGCAGACUCUCCGCUCUCGUCUCUGCUGUAGGGUAUAAAACAUCUUCACUCUCAUCCUCCUUCAGACUGUUUGGAUCCUGUGAAGUUCAUUAUCAGACGUGUUUUCUUUAAACCUUAAAUAUCUGUUUGAUUUCUUAGUUUAAUGAAUUUUAAAUUUACUGUCAGCUCUGCUCUGAUAAAUAAUUUUUUAUUUUUAUUUAAUUUAAUUUUAGUUUGUUAAAAAGUCUCUGAUUAUCUCAGACGGACACAGACUCACACUAGACCGUCUCAGUUCUCCUCUCUGACCCUCUGGGUGAUCGGACCUUCAGCCCCUCAGCAGGUCCGCUGAAUCUGAGGGGACGAUGAUGAUGACGAUGAUGAUGAUGAUGGUGGUGAUGAUGAAGAUGACGACGAUGAUGAUGAUGGUGAUGACGAUGAUGAAGAUGAAGGCUGAAUAGUUCAACAAAGAGCUCCUGUCUGAGUGUGUGACAGCAGCCUCAGUCUGAGCCUUCAGCUGGUCUCUCUCUGUUAACUCGAUUAACCCCCAAAACCACCGGGGGGAGCAGCAGGGUCACCUCAACUACACUAACACACACUAACACACUAACACACACACACACACACACACACACACACACACUAACACACACACACACACACACACUAACACACAUACACACGCACGCACUAACACAGUAACACACACACACUCAGAGUGACACACACAGUAACACACACACACACAAACAUCCAUGCUGUUAGUGUGUGAUCACAUGACUCUGACUCCUCUGUUUACUCUCUUGUUUACAGUUUCUCCCUCUCUCUCUCUCUCUCACACUCUUUCUCUCUUUCUCUCUCUCUCUCUCUCUCACUCUUUCUCUCUCUCUCUCUCUCUCUCUCUCUCUCUCUCUCUCUCUCUCUCUCUCUCUCUCUCUCUCUCUCUCUCUCUCUCUCUCUCCCUCUCACUGUUGUCUGUUUUCUCUCUCUCUCUCUCUCUCUCUCUCUCUCUCUCUCUCUCUCUCUCUCUCUCUCUCUCUCUCUCUCUCUCUCUCUCUCUCUCUCGCUCUCUUCUCUCUCUUUGUCUCUCUCUCUCCCCCUCUCUCUCUUCAUGUUGUCUGUUUUCUCCUCGUUCGUUGUUUCCGCUCAUGUUUCCUCGAUUGUUUCAACCCAAACUCACCCCUCGGCCUCUCCGACUCUUCAGCUGUCUGCAGGAUUAAUUCAAUUAUCCCUGAACCACCGCUGCUGCUGCGGACACACACACACACAGUGACACACACACACACACACAGUGACACACACUCACACACACAAACAAAAGUCCUUUUUUCUUCUUUGUGGAUGUUCUCCUUUUCUUCUGAGGAGGAACCAAACGUCUCCUAAAGGAUGUUUCUUCUCUUUAUUGUCGACGGUUCAGUUUCUGUUUUCAACAAACUAAAGAAGACGACUCUGUUUUUCUUUGAGGUCCAUUAAAAUGAACCCGUUUAUCUCCUCCUCUUGUUCUCUCUCUCUCCCUCUCUCUCUCUCCCUCUCUCUCUCUCUCUCCCUCUCUCUCUCUCUCUCUCUCUCUCUCUCUCCUCUCUCUCUCUCUCUCUCUCUCUCUCUCUCUCUCUCUCUCUCUCUCUCUCUCUCUCUCUCUCUCUCUCUCUCUCUCUCUCUCUCUCUCUCUCUCUCUCCUCCUCUCUCUCUCUCUCUCUCUCUCUCUCUCUCUCUCCUCCUCUUGUUCUCUCUCUUUCAUAUUCUCUCUCUCUCUCUCUCUCCUCUCUCUCUCCCUCUCCUGUCCUUUUCUUCAGACCCUUGUUCUUUCGACUCUCUGUUCACUUUCUGCUGCAAUUAGAUGUAAUUUAGUUAUUUACAUCAGGCAGCUGACCUGCUACUGCAGCCGACCCCGACAACUCUGUGUGUGUGUGUGUGUGUGUGUGUGUGUGUGUGUGUGUGUGUGUGUGUGUGUGUGUGUGAAUGCUGCUCUGUGUUCCGAUGGAGUAGAAAAGGAAAAGGAGGGUUAGACUGAGAUGACUGUGGAUGACAUCUGGAUCUGAGGAGGACACCGAGAAUAAUAAUAAUAAUAAUAAUGAUGAUAGAUUUUAUGUGUAUUUCCUUUUACAUCCACAGACCUCAAAGGUCUGCACAUUAAAAAGAAAUAUCACAAUAAAGGGAUAGAUAUUUACCAAAACAUAACAGGUUAUUGGUUAAAAACGAGAGAAACAGAAAUCUGAUCAUCAUCUUUUUGUUCAGAAGUGAUGAAGUUUAACGUUAAGACUCUCGUGUUUUUAAUGCUCUCUGUUUCCUCCUCCUCUUCUCCUCCUCUUCUCUCCUCUUCUCUCCUCUCGUCUCUCAGGGCGUUGAGCAGGUGUGAGGUGAUGAUCCAGCGUUACAGCAGGGAGCUGAACCCAGAUGGCGCCGUGGGGAAAGCCGUGGAGGACUGUAUGAGGGCGAUUAUCGGAGUCCUGCUCAACCUGACGCAUGACAACGGUCAGAACCAGAACCAGUCUUAACAUCAGCCGUGAAAACUGUGUCGCUUCGUACACAUGUGUGUGUGUUAACGUUUGUGUGUUUUCAGAGUGGGGCAGCACUAAGACAGGAGAACAGGAGGACCUGAUCGUGACGGCUCUGAACUGUGUCCUCAAAGUCCCUCAGUACCUCCCACAGGAGCAGAGGUUCGACAUCCGAGUGUUGGUGAGGAAUCACACAUUUAACCAUCGACUCAGAUCUGACCUGAAACACUGACGAUAAAAUCUCAGACAGCAGGGUUACAUGUCAGAGCUGAAGACCUGUCUCUGCUCCUCCUCCUCAGGGUCUGGGUCUGCUGAUCAACCUGGUGGAGUACAGCGCCAGGAACAAGUACUGCCUGAUGGAGAUGGAGAUGGAGGGAGGUCAGGGUCCCUGCAACUCCACCGUCCUGAUGAGCCCCACGCACCAGGACUUCAGCAGCACCGGCCCGCUGAGCGCCAUCGCUGCACUUGUACAGGUACGACCGUGUGUGUGUGUUAGGACACGUCCUCCGAGGUUAAGUCUCCGUCAUCAGGUCGGUUUCUGAUUGGCUCACAUUUACGUCUUAAACAGUAAAUUAAAAGCUGCUGAAUCGUCUCCAGUCGUCUCUGAUCUUCUCACCGCCGUCGUUGAGUUUCCCAUGAGCGCUGUCAAAGCUGCGUUUAAAUCCGAUCAUCCCACAUAAUCAGAUUAAUGUGACGGUCUGAUCCAGACUGACUCUGAGGAGGUCAGUGUGAGAGUCAGAGACGGAGAGCAGAAUAACCACGAGAGGAGCGGGAACUCCUCGCUGCUGUAAACGAGGAGGUUAGGGUCAGAUUAGGAGUCUGAUAAUCUGAGGAUUAAUCCUGAUUUUAGUCUCAAAGAAGCGACUUUUAAACUCAUCAGAAGAAACAUUCUGAGUUUAGUGACCGAACACGACUGACGAGCGUCUAACCGUCUUUGUUUUCAGUUGUUUCUUCAGCGAGAGCGCGCCGCUGUCCUGGCCGAGGCGCAGACCGAUGACCUCAUCAAGGAGGCGCCGAAGCCUGCGCUGGAUCAGAGCGGGGAGUGGCAGGAGACGGGCGGCGAGAUCCAGUGGGUCUCCAAGGACAACAACGAGGCGGACGCGAACAGACAAGAGGACGCGAAGAAGAAGCAGAAAGACGAGGAGGACGAGGAGCUGGACCUCAACAAAGGUGAGGACCUUCAGACCAGAAUCUGAGACUCUGAGACUCUGAGACCCACGAGGACUGAGAGUCUCUUCUUCUUCUUCUCCUCCUCAGCUCUGCAGCACGCAGGGAAGCACAUGGAGGACAGCAUCGUGGCCUCAUACACAGCACUGCUGCUGGGCUGCCUGUGUCAGGGGAGCUCGGUGAGUCCUCCUCAGGUCCACAAAGACCUCCUCUCCUCAGGUUCAGAUCCAGAUCAGACUCCUAACUCUGUGUUCUCUCAUGUCUCUUCCUCCUCAGUUGAAUGUGACUACUGUGAGAGAAAACCUGCCCAAAGGAGAUUUCUCCAUCAUGACAGAAAUGCUGAAAAAGUUCCUCAACUUCAUGAACCUCACGGUGAGUCUCAGUGAACCUCAGACCUGAUCCAACAACCUUUACGACUCCUCAGAUCCACACUGAAUUAACCUCAACAUUAACAGCUGCUGCACACUCAGACAGGAUUCAGGAGAGGAGGAGACCUUACAGACUCAGCUCUGAGUUUACAGUUUUAACCUUCCUCCUGUUUUAGCUUUUACUGAACACCCACCGUGUUUAGGGUCGGUUUGGACCCGUGUCUUAAAUCAGCUGUAAAUUCCUCAAAAACAAAUUCUCUAUCAUCCAGUUUGGUUCUCCUCUCCAGGUUUCCUUGUUCAGCUUCAUUAUCAAUGAAAAUAUUGAUUAUAAUAGUAUUUGUUGUGGUCCUCUGCCUCACACAGACAUCUAUACUGACCUGAUCUCACAUGUUCAGACAGAGAAAAACAUGAAGAGGAUCUGACCAUCAGUGCUCUUAUGAUUUUAGUUUUUUCUCUGAUAUUUAGAUAUUGAUCUGACCGGGUCAACAGCGACUCUAACACGACAAGUGCCAUAAUUUUGAUAAGAGUAUUUUAUAAUUUAGUCAAUAAAUGUUUUUAUUAUUAUUUUGUUGAUUUAGAGGUUCCUGACAAAGUCAAAAAGUCUUGAUGUAAAAAGUUAAUAUAAGUGGUUCUUUAAAGUAUUUAAGAUCAAAAACGUGUCGGUGCGGACUCUAACACAGGAGGAGGGGUAAAGGGAUAGUUCCACUUUUUUUUUACUAAUAGCAGUAAAUGUGACAGGAAGUGUCGCUCAGAUCCUGAAGAGAAGUUUGAAAACAGAAACACAGAAAUAUCAGACAGGAGGAAAAUUCAAGAAGAAGAAGAAGAAGAGUUCAUGUCUGUGAAAUGAUGAUGAUGUUCGUGUAGGUGAUGAAGCAGAUGUUCCUCAGUCUCCUGACCUCCUGACCUCUCCCUCUCUCUCUCUCUCUCUCUCUCUCUCUCUCUCUCUCUCUCUCUCUCUCUCACUCUCUCUCUCUCUCUCUCUCUCUCUCUCUCUCUCUCUCUCUCUCUCUCUCUCUCUCUCUCUCUCUCUCUCUCUCUCUCUCUCUCUCUGUCUGUUUCUCCCUCCCUCUCUCUCUCUCUCUCUCUCUCUCUCUCUCUCUCUCUCUCUCUCUCUCUCUCUCUCUCUCUCUCUCUCUCUCUCUCUCUCUCUCUCUCUCUCUCUCUCUCUCUCUCUCUCUCUCUCUCUCUCUCUCUCUCUCUCUCUCUCUCUCUCUCCUCUCUCUCUCUCUCUCUCUCUCUCUCUCCCUCUCUCUCUCUCUCUCUCUCUCUCUGUCUCUCUCUCUCUCUCUCUCUCUCUCUCUCUCUCUCUCUCUCUCUCUCUCUCUCUCUCUCCCUCUCUCUCUCUCUCUCUCUCUCUCUCUCUGCAGUGUGACGUCGGCACCACAGGACAGAAGUCCAUCUCCCGGAUCAUUGACUAUCUGGAGCACUGCUAG